AGCGAAAAUGGCGCUGCUGUCAAGUGGGCUGCCACGUAAUGUUGUGUGUUACAUUUUGCAUUGAAGAAGUCCUGGGUAAUUAACGGCGAAUUGUAUUGUUAAAAAAAAAAAGUGCGAUGUACGUAUCAUAGUGCAGCGGAGUCUAAAUUUCUUUCCAUAUUCGUCAUCAAACACAGUAUUGAAGUUAGUUAGCAAAUCCAAUGAGUAUGCCACCAGAUUCCACAAAUAAACGAUAUUCAGAAUCAUACCCUGACCAAAUGGAUCACUUGACUAAUCAAAUGAAUAUGAUGCCACCAUCUCAGCAUGGUUACAAUAAAUUAUUGUAUCCAAGUCAGCCACCAAAUCCAAUGAGUAUGCCACCUGACUCGGUGAAUAAACAAUAUUCAGAACCGUAUCCUGAUCAAAUAAAUCACGUGAAUAGUCAAAUGAAUAUGAUGUCACCACCACAUCAUGGCUAUAAUAAAUUAUGGUAUCCUAAUCAACCGUCAAAUGUACCAGGGAAUAUACCACCAGAUUCAAUGAAUAAGCGAUACCCAGAAUCAUAUCCUGAUCAAAUGAAUCACUUAAAUAAUCAAAUGAAUAUGUUGUCUGUUGGACAACUUGGCUAUAAUAAAUUAUGGGGAAUGGAGAGUAUUGAUCUUUUACAAUGUAGAAAUGUUCUACCUACGGAGAGAGUAGAAUUACCAAAAAUCAAACUUCAUCAAGAGUUUUUUGAUAGUGUUAAUUGUAGUCCUGAGAUUUUCCGUUGUACGUUAACAAAGAUUCCUGAGUCAAAUACUUUACUCCAGAAAUCUAGAUUGCCUUUAGGAGUUUUAAUACAUCCAUUCAAAGACUUAAAUCAUUUACCAGUGAUACAAUGCAGCACUAUAGUUAGAUGUCGUGCUUGCAGAACGUAUAUUAAUCCAUUUGUAUAUUUCAAUGACUCAAAAAGAUGGAAAUGUAAUCUUUGCUAUAGAGUAAAUGAAUUGCCAGACGAAUUUCAGUUUGAUCCUGUAACAAAAUCAUAUGGAGAUCCAUCAAGAAGACCAGAAGUAAAAACUAGUACAAUUGAGUUUAUCGCACCUGGUGAAUAUAUGCUACGUCCACCACAGCCAGCUGUAUAUCUGUUUGUUUUGGAUGUUUCGAGACUAGCAGUAGAGAGCGGUUAUUUGAACAUAGUGUGCAACGUAAUUUCAGAAGAAUUAUCAAGGCUACCAGGUGAUGGUAGAACGCAAAUUGGAUUUCUAGCAGUAGAUUCUGCAAUACACUUUUUUGGCAUACCUGACAAUGUGUCACAACCUCAGGAAAUAAUCAUGCUUGACAUUGAUGAUGUAUUUCUUCCAUGUCCGGAAAACUUAAUUGUCAAUUUAAAAGAACGAGAAGAAUUAGUAAGAGAUUUAUUGGUUCAAUUACCUAUGAAAUUUCAAGGAACUCAUGAUACAAAUAGUGCUUUGGGUGCGGCGUUGCAAGCUGCAUAUAAACUUAUGUCACCAACUGGUGGACGUGUGACUGUCUUCCAAACUUGCUUGCCAAAUAUAGGUCCAGGUUUAUUGCAAGCAAGAGAGGAUCCAAAUAGCAGAGGGGGUAAAGACGUACCGCAUUUAAAUCCAGUUACAGAUUUUUAUAAAAGAUUAGCGCUAGAUUGCAGUGGACAACAAAUCGCAGUUGAUCUAUUUCUAUUAAACUGUCAAUACUGUGACCUAGCUACUCUUUCGGGUAUGUGUAAAUUCUCCGGAGGUUGUAUAUACCAUCUUCCUUUAUUCCGUGGGUCGAAACCGCAGCACGCAGAAACUCUCGAUAAAAUACUGAGACGUUAUCUUACUAGAAAGAUCGGCUUUGAAGCAGUAAUGAGAAUACGAUGUACAAGAGGACUGAGCAUUCACACUUUUCACGGGAAUUUCUUUGUAAGAUCUACUGAUCUCCUUAGUUUGCCUAAUGUCAAUCCAGAUGCUGGUUUUGGAAUGCAAAUCUCUAUAGAAGAAAAUCUUUCGGAUGUACAGAACGUCUGUUUCCAGGCAGCUUUACUUUAUACGUCAAGCAAAGGUGAAAGAAGAAUUAGGGUGCACACAUUGUGUCUACCAGUAGUAUCUACUUUAUCCGAUGUCCUUCAUUCCGCUGAUCAACAAUGUAUAGUAGGCCUACUUUCAAAAAUGGCUGUAGACAGAUCUCAGCAAUCUUCUCUAUCUGAUGCAAGAGAUGCUUUGAUAAAUGUCGCCAUAGACGUUUUAUCAGCCUAUAAAUUGUCUCAAUCAGCGAUUUCUGGUGGACUUCUUGCUCCAGCAAGCUUAAAACUACUGCCUCUCUAUAUUAUUGCUUUGCUCAAAUGUGUUGCCUUCAGAUCAGGAACAAAUACGAGACUUGACGACCGGAUAUUUGCAAUGUGUCAGUUGAAAACUUUACCACUGUUUCAAUUGAUUCAGAUGAUUUAUCCAGAUCUUUAUCCUGUUCAUGCGCUUGAAGAUCGAAAUGCAAAAGAUAUCGAUGGAAAAUUAUGCCCACAACCACCUAGACUGCAUCUUUCUGCAGAAAAGCUUGACUCUAGGGGUGCUUUCUUGAUGGACACUGGUGAUCGAAUAUUUAUUUUAAUCGGCAAAAAUAUUCAUCCGUUAUUUUGUUGUAAUGUACUUGGAGUUUCUGCCUUUCCCUCGAUACCAGAAGAACUCUAUGAGUUACCAGAGAUUGAGACAGCAGAAAAUGAAAGGUUACGAAAUUUCAUAUUUAGUUUGCAAGAAGAGAAACCCUAUCCAGCUUCUGUACAAAUUAUUCGGGAUGACAGUCACUUUAGGACACUUUUUGUUGAGCGAUUAGUUGAAGAUCGUUUUGAGAAUUCUUUGAGUUAUUAUGAAUUCUUGCAACAUCUUAAAACUCAAGUGAAAUAAUGAUAGAAGAAUUUAUUUUGGAGAAAAUGAGUACA